AUGGAGCUGCCAUGUGAUGGUUUUGUGUUGUUGGUUGGGGAUGGAGAUUUCUCAUUUACCCGCUCUCUGGUGAGCAAAGACUCACUCAAGGCGUCUGCUGUCACGACAUCUAACCUGGAAACAAUAGAGUCCAUACAGCAACACAAACAGGCUGCUGAAAACAUGAACAUCUUGACAGAAAUGGGUGUUCAAGUGUUUCUAGAGACUGAUGCCCGCGAGCUGCACACACACCCAGCCAUCAGCCGAGCCAGCUACCAGCGCAUCAUCUUCAAUUUCCCAUUGGCAGACAGACAUAACAUUAAACUCAAUAGAGCUUUGCUUGCUGAUUUUUUCUCCAGCUGCUCACAGAUUUUAUCUGACACUGGCCAGGUAAUGGUCACCUUGUGUAAAGGUCAAGGUGGCACACCAGCAGACCAGCCAAUGAGAUCAUGGCAUGACAGCUGGCAAGUUCAAGCCAUGGCCACGAAUGCUGGAUUUAUUCUGACCCAAGUACUGCCAUUUGAUGUUUCAGUGUAUCCACUGUACCACAGUGUGGGCUUCAGAUUUCAAGACAAAAGUUUCAACACUGACGGUGCCCUGAUCCAUGUAUUUGAGAAGGCCGAUGUGGUGGCGGCAGGUGAUAGUGUGUGUGCCCGUGGUGUUGUUAAGUGUGGGGGUGAAGACUACGCCAGUUCCCGCUAUGUGGCUGACAAAUUCAGCAGGGAUUUGCUUGAAGAACCCAACCACCCCUUGAGCCUGUUGAGACAACAUUUGGAGAAGUCGUUGAGUGGGCAUCUGGGAGCAGAGAUUGUUCCAGACAAAGAUGGUUGGUGCGUCCUACCAGGUCACAAGUCUAGUGUUUCAACACAUCCCACACACCUCGCAAGUAACAUCCAUCAUUUGCAGGAUUCUCAGAAAACUGUAAAGGACAGAAAGAAUGAAGCCAACCUAACUAUACUGCACAAUGCUAAGACAGCCUUGAUAACUCAUGGUGUUGAUAGACAAAAUGGCCUGGAACCAUCCGGCAACUGUUGCCAAGAUCAAGACAUCUGUAGGAUGCUUCCUGAUAACCCUGAAUCUGUUUUUAUCCUCAUUAGGAAAAAUCCUCUAACAGACACUGCAGACUGUAAGAAGAAAAACGGUCAGUCUAUAGUUGAACUGGUAGCAUCCCCUGUUGAAAGGGAUUAUACUGCAGAUGGUUGCUGUGGAUGUCCUAAUCCAGAUGCUGACACAACCAGCAGUCUGGAAGCUUACAGAAUAGAGACUGAGGGUUGUGGGUCACAGGUCAUGGAGACAACCUAUUGUGUCCCUGCGGAUGAGACAAGUACCCACUUGGCUUCACCCUGUACUGAAAGGGUGUAUCAUUGUCGGACAUCCCUCUUAGAAAACUUUAAGGACCUCCAUCCAUGCGUGUCUCUAGAAAAUGUGAAUACAAAUUCAUCUUCAGGACUGGUAAAUGCUGCUACAACUGAUGACUAUUUAAUUGGACAAUGUGAGCAUGAGAUUCGGAAUUCCAGGAUGUCAGAAACAAUUUCUACAGAUAGACAGUGUUUUGUGGUUUCUGGCAGAUCUUUUCUACCUGGACCCAUCACUGCUGACACAUUGUCUGUCCGGCAUGAGAUGAUGAUAGUACAGAAGAUACCACAUGAGAGCACAGGUGUUCAAUUUACAACAGGUGCUAACAUGGCUUCUACAGGCAUAAACAUGGCCGCAGUUGACGAGGUUACUCAACAACAAAACCAACCUCAAGACGCAAACAGUUCAGAUCAGUCCGACCACAGACAGAACAGGACUUCCACAUUGAAUCAUGUGCUUUCCUGCCUGGUUCAGUGUCUACAAACUGCAGUCAAAGUUGAAGAUGUGGGCAGAACUGCCAGCGUUUCACUGGUGGGUGUUGAGAAAGUGACAGGUGUGAAAUUGGUAUAUCUAGAGCCUGCAACAAACACAAGACAAACGUCAGAGCAACCACCCUCACAGCAUCGACCCUGUCAAGUUUUAGCUGGGGUUGUGUGCCAAGUUGUCAGCAGUGGUGAAGAGAAGCUGGUGGUGCUGCUGCAUCUGGAUAACAUUGUAUGCCAGAUCUGCAGCAUUGAUGACCCAAGAAUCCUGUGGUCACAGAGUAAAAGGUUCACAGAUCAGUUCCAACCACCAUCAUCAUCAUUCCCACCGCAGUUUCAACAAUUCAGCCUGUUCCCCAUGAGGUUUACUCAUGAUCUCAGUUUUUGGCAGAAUGAUUCCGACUCAGAAUUUGAUGUCACGGAAAUGUACAACAUUAUCUUGUACACGGCUGGUGAUCUUGUGUAUAGUGUCAGCCUCAGAGACAUCUACACCGACCCGGACACCGGCCGGGUCAGCCGAUGUUACAGGCUUCGGUUCACAUCACAUGACCAGGCUCUUCCGUACCUGACCUCAUGGAAGCUGCAGAGUUUGAUCCGGAUGGAGGUUGCCCAAAAACUGGGCGUUACUCUGAGGUGA